AACAGGAUUUCCCAUCUCCAAAUAUUUUCCAGAUGGAGGAGAAGGUUGCGAGGAAGAGGAAGAUGCCCUGGGACACUGAGGCAGACAAGAAGCUGAGGAUGGACACCAGAGAGGUCAAAUCCCCACGGCAGAACCGUGUGGAAGAGGCCAUUUUGAGUGACUCCAGGGCACAGGAAUCCAACGGGGAGGAAAAGCCCCAGAGAUCCCACAGGAGGAAGGGCUGCAAACCCAGUCCAGGGUGCUCUGAGGAGGAAAGACCCACUCUGGGCCAGGAAGGUGGGCAGAGCUUCAGCCAGAGCUCGGAGCUGGUGGUCUCUGAGAAGCUUCCUGAUGGGGAGAAGCCCUACAAGUGCUUGGAGUGUGGGAAGAGCUUCAGGCAGAGCUACAACCUGAUCUGCCACCAGAUGAUCCACACCAGGGAAUGGCCCUACAAGUGUGGGGAGUGUGGGAAGGGCUUCAGCUGCAGCUCAGAACUCAUAAGGCGCCAACGCAUCCACACUGGGGAGAGGCCCUAUGAGUGUACCGAGUGUCAGAAGAGGUUUCACACCAACUCCAAUCUCCUCAAACACCAACGGAUUCACACAGAUGAGAGGCCCUACCACUGCCCCAACUGCAGGAAGGGCUUCAAGCACAACUGCAGCCUUGACAGGCACCGGCGCAUCCACACCGGGGAGAGGCCCUACGAGUGUCCCCAGUGUGGGAAGAGCUUCAGCCAGAAGUUCUCAUUGAUUCGCCACCAGAUCAUCCACAUUGGGGAACAGCCAUACAAGUGUGAGCAAUGUGGGAAGGGCUUCAGGCAGAGGUCCAACCUGACCAUCCACCAGAGGAUCCACACUGGGGAGAGGCUCUAUGAGUGUUCCGAGUGUCAGAAGAAGUUUAAGACCAGCUCUAAUGUGGGAUGAAUAUUCUUCUGCACGGUGGGGGUGUAGGGAGGCAGAGAUCUCUGAAGCUUGCUUUUGGGGAGAGAAA